AUGGAUCCUAUCCCUGGCGAUGACCGUUCGGAUUCCAACCCAGGCCAGCGGCCUAUGAACGCAAAGGUCCCGAUUCCUCGUUCCGUUUACCCUAGUAACUACACUACCAGUGGCCGCGUCAGUAGAGCCUGCGAAAACUGUCGCGAUCAAAAGGCGAAAUGCAGCGGACAUCGCCCCUCCUGUCAGCGCUGUCAGGAUAGUGGUGCCCGAUGUUCUUAUGGCGAUCGGAAACGAGAAAAGAUGGUCAAAGAGUUAAAAGAUCUAUCAGCACAAGUGCAAAGCUACGAAAGCUUGCUACGAGAUCUGUACCCACGUCUUGACUCGACAUCCGCCCAGCACGUUGAUCAGGCCCUCGGUGGUCUAUUAGUCAGAUCCCCCGGAUCUUCGACCACUCGAACCGAUGCUGGAAGAACAGGAGACCCGCUAAUCGCCAGAGACCACACCGAGGAGGAUUUCAACCGCGAUGAAGCAUCUCAGGCCAUGGGAUUUGUUGGGGAGCACUCGGAGGUGGCAUGGUUGUACAGACUUAAGCGCGACCUAGAUCAAGGCGCUCUCACCCCCGUCGGCGAAAUCCCCGAUCGACCAUCGAUCUCAUCUCUCAAUUACUUUCUAGAUGACUCGGACAUCCCUAUCCCCGACGAUAUUGACGUUUCAGUUCGACCGCCCCAGCAGAUUGCCGAUAAGCUCGUCGAAAGCUAUUUCCAAACCAUUCAUCCUGAUUUCCCCAUCAUCGGCAAGGAGAUUUUUCUCAGCCAAUACCAGUCCUUCUACUCAAAUCCUAACGUGCGACCCGGAAAGCGAUGGACAGCCGUGCUCAAUCUCGUGUUUGCCAUCGCAGCAAAACACUCCCAUCUACUUCAAAGUCAUCCUCAGGGGAACUACACUGAUCACUUGGCCUACUUUGCUCGGGCAUGGCGAUUAAGCGUGGGCAGCCUCGCGUUGUUAGACCAUCCAAACCUUCAGCAGGUGCAGGUAGAGGGUCUAGCCGCAUUUUACCUCUUGUCGACAGGCCAAGUUAACAGGUCCUGGCGUAUCAUCGGGACAGCGAUUCGCUCAGCGGUGGCGAUGGGACUCAAUCUCCGUAGCGAGACGGAAAGCGUUGCCCAUCUAUCGAAGGAAACUCGAUACCGCGUGUGGUGGGCACUGUUUGCGUUGGAUACUGUGCUAUCCGUGAUGACAGGGCGGCCCCCCAGCACCGGCGACAUCUUUUGCACCACGCCCCUUCCCGUUCCCUAUCGCGAAGAGGACUUUUGGGAUGAAGGAGUGACUCAGCUUAUCAUCAACCACAAAUCCCGGGUCAAUUUGUUAGCAUCUCUCCUCACCUCCUCCGAUCCCAUCACCCCUGGGUCUAGCGUGUCCUCUUCGGUAACCGUGUCGUCAAGCACAGGCGCCGACCAAACGCCUCAGCCGAUAGCGGAACUCCCAUCACCAAACAUCUCCCUUUAUUUUCUUUAUGUGGUAGAUUUAGCGACUUUAAUGCGGGAGGCAAUCGAAACCUUGUACGCACCCGGGGCAGGGACACAGCGGUCGUGGUUGGAGAUGGAAGUGGCAAUCUCUAACUUCAACACCACUGCCGACAAUUGGCUCUCCCGUCUUCCAGCGGAGUUUCAGUUCGGCGACUUUGACAAUGCUCGUCCUUUCAUCCGCCAGCGCGUCAGUCUAGCUUUCCACUUCUAUACCACUAAGCUUGUGAUCUCGCAGCCGUGUCUCCGCCGUCUAGCCCAUCAAGUCCUCGGCACACCCUCCCCCGAGCUCCACAUCCUACCCGAGGAACCCGACGUUAACUGGCUAUAUGAGGCUUCGCCCUGGUGGUGUGUUCUCCACUACGUCAUGCAAUCCACAACGGUCAUCCUGGUUGAGCUCUUCGCGAGAACUCUACCAGGAACCCCCGAGGCUAUCGGGCUCACGGAGAAGGUUCGGAAGGCUGUUCACUGGCUCUAUGCCAUGUCUGGCAGAGACCCUUCUGCACACAGAGCCUGGCUUGUCUGUAUGGACAUCCUUUCUCGACAUGGGCUGAAAUUCUCCCUGAAAAUUGACUUCGAUUUCUAG